AUGGAAAGGACCGGCAAGAAAAUGGGCAAGGCGACAGGGGCCCGGACUCAGACUCCCCGCACGGAUUCCGGCUGGGCCUGGGUGGUCGAGUGCGGUUCGUUUCUGGUCUGCUUCGCAUCCCUCGGUUACUCUUCGUCGCUGAGUGUUUACUUGACCAUCUGGAUGGACUAUUUCGACGCCAGUGCUGUCACUGCAGGCUUGGUCAUAUCCAUGACGACGUUAAUAAGAGGAAUCAUGAGUCCCCUUGCAGGUGCACUUUGUACCAGGUUUGGCCCCCGUCUUGUUACGAUGGUGGGCGGUGUUAUAUACGUGGCGGGGUUUGUGAUGGCAUCUCAAGCUCCAUCAAUAGAAUUCCUUAUUGUCGCCGUGGGGUUCGUGGGAGCCACGGGUCAGAGUAUGGUGUAUGUAGCAGCAAUCAACGCGUUGGGAAUGUACUUCAAGAAGCGGUUUGCCUUUGCUGUUGGUUUAGCCUCGGCAGGUAUCAGUUUAGGUCAGCUUGCUAUGCCACCUUUGGUCACUGUCUUCAUCGACAUUUACGGCUGGCAGGGUUCGUUCUUGAUUACCGCAGCGAUAACCCUGCACACUUUGGCAGCAGGGGCGCUCUUCCGACCCACGGUAAGAAAGAGAAGAAAGAGAAAACAACGCAAUGGACCGGCUCACUUGAAUGGAAGUGUCUCCGGAAUGGAACAUGAAAAAGAAAACAGCCGUGAUGUUAGAGGCAGUGAUGGUGCCGAUACCGGGUACAGAGACAUCACUCUCUCGGAUGAAGAUGAAAUCGAGGAUAUUGAAGAAAACUAUGACACCAUGAUCCUAGUUAAAAACCGUCCAGGCACUGUGGCAACAGGGACGGGACAUGUUGUGGUUUCGACCUCGGAAGAUGGAGCUAACCCAAUAGCCUUCACUGACCCGCCCAAGUCAUCAACAGUACCCUUCCUAGGUUAUAUCUCUCGGAUCAAAUACUUUCUGCUCCACACGUACGGACUUCGUCGAUUGGUCCGCAACACAUCCUACCUCAUAACGCUAGUUGCAGCUUUCCUGCACGGCUUUUCCAGGCUGGGGGUCGUCUACAUCGUCCCUCGAGCCAAAUCGGUGGGGAUCGAUCUCGACAGCUCAGCUUUCUUGCUGUCGAUAUUUGGUAUCGGAAGUUUUGUGGGCCGCAUUGGCCACGGUUGGUUCAUCGAUAAGAGGUACAUCACGGGCGAAAUGGCCUACGCCUUGGGUCUGUUUAUCUUCUGUGUGACGGUCUCCUUGAUGCCCGCCUUUGUUGUCUUUAUUCCGCUGGCGAUCCUGGCCCUACUGAUGGGAUCCGCAGCAGGAACGUCGUCGUCUCUGGUGAUGGUCAUCGUACGGGCCCAGGUACACCAAUCAGAUGCCUCAGGAGCAUUGGGAAUUAUGCUUCUCUUUGCGGCUAUUGGAAAUGUCUUGGGGAUCUUCGUGGCAGGCGUAGCAUACGACAGCACCGAGAGUUACGACAUUGCUUUCUUCGUAGCUGGGGGCAUUCUUUUGAUUGGGUCACUCCUCUGUGUGGUCGUUCAUUUCCUGCAGAAAGAAAAGCGCUCAAGAAGCCGCGUGUAUCUUCCCACGGCCUUCUACGUUAAGUGGCCCAGGAAGACCACCGCAGAUAACCAGGAACAGGCAGAAGCUUCAGUCACGAUUGAGCAUGAUUCCAAUUGGGAUGGUUUAAACAUUGAUGACGCAGGAAUAACUAAUCCACUGUUCAUGUUGGGGCUGAGUGGAGUCUCAACAUCAGACGAGGAUGUUGCAAGAACUAGUAACGAGGACCAUCAGCAACCUGUUCAGCCAAUGGAAGAGAAUAACUCGAUAAGGCACAGAUUAGGUCAGAAAGUUGAUGAUGAAAUGGGAGGUAUAGAAAAUCCAUUGGCAGUCGACCAGUUGGAUGAGCUUGUUGGUGCCACUGCCACAGAAACAGACGAGAACACACAUUUUUAA